UUUUUUUUAUUUGAAUUUUGAUCUGGAUCCAGCUCUGACUUUGUUCAAUGGAAGUAUGUUACCAGCUGCCGGUUUUGCCUCUAGACAGGCCGGUUCCUAAGCAUGUCCUCAGCCGGAGAGGAGCCAUCAGUUUCAGCUCCAGCUCGUCUCUCUUCGGCGCUCCUGAUCCAAGACAGUUGUCUCAGAGACGAGGGGCCAUCUCUUAUGACAGCUCAGAUCAGACCGCUCUGUACAUUCGUAUGCUCGGAGAUGUGAGAGUGAGAAGUCAGGUAGGAUUUGACCCAGAAGGAAAAGGUUCCUACUCGUACCUGUGCAUCGACUUCCGCACCCUACACUCCUGCUCAGACUCUAGUCUUAUCCCUGAUCCUGGCUUCAGUUCGGCUGGGCCUGUGUCUGGCAGGAGGCUCCGCAGACUGCUCAGCUUCCAGAGGUACCUGCACUCCUCCCGUCUGCUGCGGGGAACACCCCACCUCAACCCCCUCCACAUCCUGGAUGAGGACUACACCGGACAGGCCAAGUGUAUGCUGGAAAGGGUCGCGACCUGGAAUUUCGACAUUUUCCUCUAUGACAGAUUAACCAAUGGAAACAGCCUGGUGACGCUGACCUUUCACCUCCUUAACCAGUAUGGUCUGUUGGAGCUGUUUCAGCUGGACAUGGUAAAGCUGUGGCGCUUCCUGGUCAUGGUGCAGGAAGACUACCACAGUCUCAACCCCUACCACAACGCUGUGCACGCCGCUGACGUCACGCAGGCCAUGUACUGUUACCUGCGAGAACCCAAGCUGGCCAAGUCCCUGACGUCCUGUGACAUCCUCCUGGGCCUGUUGGCAGCCGCCACUCAUGACCUGGACCACCCGGGAGUCAACCAGCCCUUCCUCAUCAAGACCAACCACUACCUGGCCAAGCUCUACAGGAACUCCUCUGUUCUGGAGAACCAUCACUGGAGGUCUGCAGUAGGUCUGCUGAGAGAGACCGGCCUGUUCUCCCACCUGCCUGCUGAGGACGGGCUGAAGAUGGAGCAUCAACUGGGUUCUCUUAUCCUAGCCACUGACAUCAGCAGACAGAACGAGUACCUGGGGAAGUUCAGGACACACCUGGACCAGGAUGACCUGUACCUGAGCAACGCCAGCCACCGACACUUCAUCCUCCAGAUGGCUCUGAAGUGUGCGGACAUCUGCAACCCCUGCAGACCCUGGGAGCUGAGCAAACAGUGGAGUGAGAAAGUGACAGAAGAGUUCUUCCACCAAGGAGACAUUGAGAAGAAGCACCGACUUGAAGUCAGUCCACUGUGUGAUAGCCAGAGUAACUCCAUGGCAAACAUUCAAAUUGGUUUCAUGACGUACGUGGUGGAGCCUUUGUUUGCUGAGUGGGGCCGGUUCUCUGACACACGUCUGUCCCAGACCAUGCUGGGCCACCUGGGGCUGAACAAGGCCAGCUGGGGUGGGUUAGUACAGCAGGAGGGGUUCUCUAGCCCCGAGGAGCUGGAACCUAGCAGCCCUGCCUUCUUCACCAUGUCAACGCCCGCCGUCACCGAGUCAGAACCAGAGUCUGCCUCUGCUGCGGAACCCAUAGCUGUCACCAUGGCAACAGCCACAGGAGAAACCAACUACAAAGAAAUACCUCAGGGAAGCAAAGAGUCCUGACACUCCAUGUUUGCCCUUAGAAUCCUGACCCCUGACCCUUAACCGCUAGCCUCGACACACACUGGGGAGAGGGUGGGAGGAGCGGGGUAUGGCAUUUAACCCCCCCCUACUCCCACUGCCCCACCAGAACAGUACUCAUGUUUUUGUUGCCUUUGCCUCCCAUAUUUGACAAACCACAGAUUUUAUUUAUUUAUUUUUUAAUUCCUUUCCUUGACAUACAUAGAUACUGCUGCUGUAUUUAGUAUUUUUAUUGGCUUAUUUUAUUUAUUUAUUUGUCCUCUGUAGUUUUAGCCUUACUAAUGUAACACCACCAUUUUGAAGGCGAAGUGCCAUUUUCAAAACAAAGUUCUGUAGGAGGAUUUGAAACACACUGAGUAUUGAAGAGAUGCUCUCUAAAGACCGCACAGAGAUGCCGUGAUGUGUGUUGAUGCGUUUGUAAGGAAUCUUCUUCCUGAAGAUAAUGUGACAAGCCCAGUCCUUUUGCUGCCUCUAUGAAGACUGUUUACAGAUGUCUUGUUUGUUUGUCCUUGUUGUCCAUUCGAAAUGAAUCAUUAUGGUUCUGCGAUAUGCCUUCUAAGCACAGAUGCGAAGAACCACUAGUGUUUGAAUUGUCGGCACACUGCUGAAGUUGACUGAUACACACACACACACACCAGAUGCCAUAAAGAAACACCCCCUGUGCUCCAUUGUAUUCAUUUCUUCCUUGCACUGCCAAAAGACUGAAAUAUUGGACACAACUUCUGUUCUGAGAGAACUUGGGUUAGACAGAAUGGUAUUCUAGAAUGUAACUAAUAUGAAGAAGCAUUGUUGUCAGUGACUGUAGAGAAUGCAUGACCUCUAACCCUGGACCAGUCACUGAGGCAUAGUACACACACCCCAUCUGAAAACUCACAACACCACUCACGCAGAGUGGACUGUAGGAGGGAAGUUUACUGUGGUUUAGCUACCUGUGAAACAGCUGUUUACUUCUACUGAAUGGGACUCUCUCAGAAUGUCUCUCAUUAUCAUCAUAGCCACAUGCAACCUAGGACUGCUGUACUGAUGCCUUAUAACUAUGCACACUGCGCUAAGUGACCAAACCAGCUCCCUACCACUAGUUCUUCUAGUAAUCUCAUGAAGUACAUCGUGUGCUUGUCCUCUUAAUGCACUGUCUGAUUUUCUUUUGCCUUUUUGUGAGGAAAAACUGAACUCAAACACAUUCUGUAUAUAAACGUUUUUAGUUUUUUUUACAUUCCAUCUCCAUUUAUACAUUUUUUUAUUUUUAUUCUGUAGACUGCACAAAGAUUUUAAUAACAGGUGCUUUUUCCUAUUUUAGCUGAUUUUUAGUAUUUUCGCUGUAAGACUGUUUACAAUUUGUUGCGACAGCCAUUUUGGGAAGAAGACUUGUCAAGCCAUUUUGUACAGGAUUUGCCGUGUUGACCUUUUGAUACAUGCUUGUUGCCGUUUACAUUUUGAUAAAUAAAACAAGUUGACAUGAA